AUGGAGGUACAUUCUCCUGUUUUAACCAAGAGACUGUGGAAUGUGUUAAGGAUCACCUUCUUCAUGAUUAGGAAGGGUUUGAUAUCAAAGAGGAAGAUGAUUAUGGACAUGAAUUUGAUGAUGAAGAAAGGGAAGCUACUAAGAAAAUCUCUGAGCAAUCUCAUGUCAUUUCAUCAUCAUCAUCACCACCACCAUUCAAAGAGUGUGUCACGUGGUGGCUUUGGGGUACAUGAUUAUGAAUUCUCUUGCAGCAAUAGCCCAAAUCCUGUUUUUUUCCACAUGCCAAAGCGCAAGCAUCAUUUCAACUUCCCCUGCAUCCAUGCCCCUGAGGUUUCUGAAGAGGAACCUCAAUUUUCAGCACUUGAAGUUGAUAGUGAUGUGCCUAAUGUUGUUGUGGUCACGGUUCCCAAGACCCCAGAAUACACCUUCAACUUCAGGUUUGAUGCAUCUGAAUUUGCUCCUGGAGAUAAAAAGAGUCCACUUCUCUCACCAUUUUCAGUGAGGAUAUCAAAUUACUCAGCUUUGGAUGAAAAUGAAGAGAUUGGAAAUGUUCAAGUUGAUGAUCAGGCUGAGGAUUUCAUCAAAAGGUUUUAUGAACAGCUGAGGAAGCAAAGCCACAUGCAAUUACUACAGUACCAAGGGAUGUAA